AACUUGAGAGAGAAAAAUAAACAACGAUGGACGCUUGCUUUCUCUCUCCUAAUUCCUUCACAAAAAAAAUUGAAGUUCUUCCCUCAGUUAGAGGCAGAGUUUGUUUCUAUACGAGGAAGAAGCUGCUUCGUACUAAGAAAUUUGGCGCGCAAUUUUCUGUAGCAUGUUCACUGUCGGAAGAAGAAGGCCCAUUUCUCAGCUCCGACUGGCGAUCGUUCCGAGCAAGACUAGUAGCCAGAGAACGUGUUUUCCCGCCGGAAAAUCUUCCUCCGGCGGCCGAUCAAUUUUCCGAUCAUCCUCCUCCGGCAAAAUGGGCCCACAGAAUCCACGAGCCGGAGAAAGGGUGUCUGCUAAUCGCGACGGAGAAGCUCGACGGAGUCCACAUCUUCGAAAGAACCGUCGUCCUGCUACUAUCCACCGGCCCGAUCGGGCCGACCGGGCUCAUACUGAACCGGCCGUCGCUCAUGUCGAUCAAGGAGAUACGUUCGUCGGCGAUGGACGUCUCCGGCGCAUUCUCCGACGGGCCGCUGUUCUACGGGGGACCACUGGAAGAGGGCAUGUUCUUGGUGAACCCGGAAAAAGAAAACGACGGCGUUUGCUGUAAGAGCGGCGCGCUCGACGAGGUGAUGAAAGGUCUGUAUUACGGGACGAAGGAAAACGUGGGCCGCGCAGCUGAAAUGGUGGAGAGAGAAGUUUUGCAGGCGGCGGAUUUUAGAUUCUUCGAUGGGUACUGCGCGUGGGAGAAGGAGCAGUUGAGGCACGAGGUUAAUUCUGGUUAUUGGACAGUGGUUGCUUGCAGCCCAAGUGUUGUUGGGCUUUCUAGUAUUGGGAGUAUUGGGCUUUGGGAAGAGAUUCUCGGGCUUGUGGGCCCAACCAAAGUUUGGUGAUUAUUUUUUUAUUUUAUUUUAAAUGCUAAUUUUGUGUAUAGAAGAACUAAAAUUGGGAUAAUUGUGAAUUUUAUGUUGAUGCAAAUUUUAUAUCUAAAAUAUUUUAAUUUAAUAA